AAUGGCUUUUGUCUUUAUCUCUGAGCUAUGAUAUCUUUCUUUCCAGGCUAAACGCUUACCUUGAUUUUCAACCUUUGAUUUGCCCCUCGGGAAGCACGAAAAGUUAAUCCAACGGUUUAGAAUAAAGGGAGACCGACUCAUGGGAGCCAAUACUUGUCUCUCUCAGGAACUGAUACUAGAACGGGUAUUCCUUUUUUCUCUUUGCAUUAAAUAAAAUAUUCUUAGCUUUCAUUUGUUCACUUAUUUUGACCGGAACUCCACUUUGCUUUCCCCUCUAUAUAACUCUUUCCACCCGCCCUCUCUCUCCUCAUCCUAUCCUCCUCUCUCUGCGUAACCCUGUCUGUCUUCAGUUCCUCAAAGCUCGGUUCUUUUCCCUGUUUUCCUCUGUUUUUUGCAAUGGCUGAGCAGCAGGCACCAUUAAAGCGCCAAAGAGAUGAAAUCCAGAGUUCCCAGGGCUCGGAAGAACAUGUAGUCGAAGAGUCGAAACGCCACAAGUCAUACAAUCACAUACUCUCCUUGCUCGAAGCGGAAGAGGACGAGCCAAACCAAGACUUGUCUUCUCUUAUCACAACUCUGCAACAUGAACUCUCUUCUGACUCUGUCUUAGACGACCCUCUUCCUUGCCCAACGGCAACAAAUACUUUAGGAGCUGACCGAGAAAACCAGCUCACGAGAGCAGCAGGCACGAACACCACCACCACCACCACCACCACCGUGGAAGACUACACUUCGGCAACAUCUUCCUUGAAAGAAGAUGAGGACCAGAAUGAUAAAGAGAGGGUCAUUAGACAUUUGCUCGAAGCUUCUGAUGAUGAGCUCGGGAUCCCAAACAGAGAAGAUGGCGAUGGUCUUGGUGUUGAAGUUGUUGAGUAUGAAGAACGUUUCAACAAUGUUGGAAAUGGUUUUGCUCUCUGUGAUGGGUUAUGGGAGCUUGAAGAUGAGGCUGCUAAUUACUAUACUUUGUUGCAGUCUGAACUCUUCAUGUAGCCAAAAAAAAAAGGAAUGAAAUUAGGAAGCAGAAAGAAAUGGUAGGGUAAAAAAGUA